AUGAAACGUAUACAGAAAGGACCAGUAAGAGGUAUAUCAUUAAAAUUACAAGAAGAAGAAAGAGAAAGAAGGAUGGAUUAUGUACCAGAGAAGAGUGAAUUAGAUGUACAAAUUAUUAAUAUUGAUCAAGAUACACAAGAAAUGCUGCAUGCAUUAAAUAUACAUCUUAAUAAUGUUGUUGUUAGUCAUGGACAUAGAGUAACUGGUGGAGGAGGAGGAGCAGGAGGAGGUGGUGCUGGGGCUGGUGGUGGUCCUGGUGGUGCAGCAGCAGGAGCAGGAGCAGGAGGCGCAGGGGGAGCUGCAGGUAGGGCAGCACGUGCUUAG